CGUUCGGACACAGGUUAUUCGUAAACAAGUGUACGGUGGAUUCUGGGAGACGGCCUCGGGGGGGAUUAUAAUUUUAACCGCUUUUCUUGGCCAAUUCCGCUUCCAUUUUAUAGCUUAAUUAAGGCACGAUGACUAGGUUGAUGUGAGUGAUAAGAGUUAGCCAGGGAGGAGCAGUGAGACCAACGCGUCCGUCACCCGGGGAAUCUGGGGAGGUGCGCCACUAUCGGGAACAACUUAAAGUAGCUGAAAAUGUAUAUUGCUAUAGAAGGAUGUUCUCAUGGGGAGCUUGACACUAUAUACAACUCGGUCGGCAGACUUGAACAGAUUCAUGGCUUCAAAGUUGAUCUUCUUCUCUGUUGUGGGGACUUUCAAUCUGUUCGUAAUGAACAAGAUCUCAAGUGCAUGGCUUGCCCUGUCAAGUAUAUGGAGAUGCGUGAUUUCUACAAAUACCACUCAGGUGAGAAGAAAGCGCCAGUGUUGACCAUUUUCAUUGGGGGCAACCACGAGGCUUCAAACUAUCUUCAAGAGUUCCCCUAUGGUGGGUGGGUUGCCCCAAAUAUUUACUAUCUGGGAUAUGCUGGUGUUGUCAGAUUCGGAGGGCUUCGCAUUGGGGGCCUUUCAGGGAUAUAUAAGGGCCCAGACUACCUCAAGGGUCAUUUUGAAAAGCCACCUUAUUCCGGGGAUUCAGUUCGCAGUGUAUAUCAUGUGCGAAACCUUGAGGUCUUUCGGCUAAAGCAGCUCUCAGGUGAGAGUGACAUCAUCAUGUCCCAUGACUGGCCACGGGGCAUUUACCAUCAUGGUCCCAAGGAGAAGCUCAUGAGGUGGAAGCAACACUUUCGUUCAGAGAUAUUGAACAACUCUCUUGGGUCAAGAGCAGCGGAAGAUUUGUUAAAGAAGCUCCGUCCAAAGUACUGGUUCUCUGGACAUCUGCAUGUCAAGUUCCCUGCGGUUCUAAAGCAUAAGGACGAAAAAACCCAAAAAGUGAAGGUCACAAAAUUCUUAGCUCUCGACAAGUGCCUGCCGCGUCGAGACUUCCUUCAGGUGAUAGAGGUUCCAAGCACCCAGCCAUUAGAGCUAAACUAUGAUGCAGAAUGGCUGACAAUCCUUCGUCUUACCAACCACCUUCUCUCUGUUGGGACACAGAGUGUCUACAUGCCGGGGCCAGGCGGUUCUGAGAGGUACCAGUUUACUCCAACCAAGGAAGAAGUUGAAGAGACCAUUCAAAUAAUGAAUGGGAAUCUUAUCAUACCUAAUAAUUUCAGUUGUACAGCUGAAACAUAUAAUAAACUCAAGGGAAAACCAAGAAUGGAUUUGGUUCAUAUGCCUCAGCCAAUUCUGAACCCUCAGACCACCGCGUUCUGUGAUAAGCUUGGUCUAGACGAUCCACUGGCUCUGCUGCUAGGAGCUAAAAGAAAAGCAAUGAUGUCACCAAAAGUAACUUCACCAAGACUAAAUGAUUCAGAGCUGAACAUAACAUUGGAAACAUCUAAACUCUCCAAUAGCCCAGAGGAGGUCGAGCUGAGUGACGACGACGAUGACGACAAUGCAGAUAUUGUAAUGGAGUUAAGAUUAAGUCCUGAGCUGCCUCCUGAUGCUGAGGGAUCAUUUGAGUUUGUUUUAAGUCCAAUCAGAAGAGAUGACUCAACUGGUUCACAAAGUCCUGGGGUGCAGCCAUGUUCUAGCUCACCAAGACAUGUUGGUGUGCUGGGUGGUCAUCGCCGAGGACUUGUAUUAUCCAGUCCGAAGAGUGAGAGCCAGACCUCACCCAAUCCUUAUGCUUGCGAUUCUUCUUCUGCUUCCUCAUCUCUUAGUGAGAGUGAAUCUAGUCCACGGAGAAGCCCACAGUUGAAGCGAACUAAUGAAGAGGAAAAGGAAUUGUCAAAAAAGGAAUUUGUUUCCUUGACCUCAAAUGUAGAGACUGGUAAAGAAAUGAAGAAGUUUAAGAGAAGAAACCAAGCUGUGUAUUCGUCCACAGAAGAAGAUGCAUAAUUCAACAUGAAUUGAUGUUCAGGUGUGUGCAUGAACUGGGUGCAAGUUAACAAAAAUAUGCAGAUAUUUUAUAUUGAUUGUUGGAGAAUGAGCAUGUAUUGUUGUUUGAGGAUGUUACUCAUGACUGAAUUAUAUCCACUUAUUUUUAAUGGAAUACGAGAUUGUUGAUUUUUUUUUUAUAUAAGAAAGGGUAUACCAGAUGAGAGGUUACAGUCCAGCACUGUACAGCUACAAGGUGCAAAUUUUGUAAAUGCAUGUGGGUAUAGCUGGGAAUGAAUGAAUAAUAUAAUAAUUGUGGAAACUAUGCUGUCACAGUGCACUUGGAUUGUGUAUUUUGGUACAAAUUCUAAAAAACAAUUAUUUGACAUUAAUAAUUGUCAAAUUUUCUCUCAUAGCGAUAAGACUACAUUGUACAAAAUUUUUAAUGUACUUUAUUACAUCUCUGAAGUAAGUGUUCUCCUGAGAAUGACACGUUGAAAUUUUAUUUUUGGGAAUCUGUUUACAAUUGGUAAAAAAAAUCAAACUUUUUCAGUCAAAAUAAAAAACUAAAAAAAAAAUAUCUGAAUUUCAGUCUUGACUAUUCUCAACUUUUAUAUUUAGAUAUUCAUUCAUUGCAAUAUGUUUAUAUAGCUCAUGCUGUGUUCGCUAAUGGGUUUUGCAAAACAUUUGAAUCCCCCUUUGGCAUGGUGUUAAUUUACUUUGACUUGCUCUUAUAUGGAGUAAUUAAACUAUGUUAAGAAAUUAAAAUUAAGGUCUUUUUCCAUCAGAUCAUGCAAUAGUAUAUUGGUCUAAUCAUAAUGUUAAUGCUACCGAAACAUGCUACCUAAAGUGCUUUAUAUUAGUUCCAGAAAUGGCGGAAUCAUUUCCACUUCAAACAGUUUUCAAGGUCAAAAAUUGAAUCAUCUUAUCCUAUAAAGGGUAUCAGUCUUAUAUAGGGCAUAAGUUAACUUAACCUAUGUAAGCCCUAUGUAGGGUGUAAAAUUAUUUUAAAAAAUGAGUAUUAGGCCCAUGUUUUAAGACAUUAGAAUUAUAAUGUGUUGUAUUUGGUAUGUUUCUAACAUUGUGUUUAGUAAAAUAUUUUUUUUUCAUUUCAGCUAUGUACAGAUUGUAAUAUUUAUGGAGAAAUCUAUAUUAAAAGAGCUUUUUGUAAAA